AUGAGCACUUUUGUGACCCUGGCUGAGGUGCUGGAAGCAAGGGGAGCCCCCCUGGAUGAGGAUGAGGUGUGGUCCCUCCUGCUGGGCACUGUAGAGUCCUUGCUGGACACCUCCUGCAAAGGUGCAGUCAACAUGUGCAGCCUCAUCAGCCCUGGGUCCCUCCUGCUUUCUGCCAGUGGGGGCCUGGCCUUCAGAAGUUGUGCCUGGAGUGAGGAAAUGUGCUCCUUCACCGCCCCGGAGGUGCUGCAGGGCCGAGCCAUCACCACGAGGCUAGCGGUCGAGAAGGUGCUUAUAUAUUCCUUAGGAAUGACUCUGUACUGGUCAGUGGAUUAUCAGCUUCCACAGAACGAGCCUGUCCAGCUCAGCGGACACCUGAACUCGCUGCUACUGAGCAUGUGCGAGGACACAGCCCUGCGGCGGGCCGACCUGCUCCGUGUACGCGAGAUGUGUGAGCAUCACCACAAGGCAGCAUUGCUGUUUCCCCCGAGCAGGGUGAUCAGCCAGCUGGUGGAAGAGGUCCUUCAUGAUGCUGUGAACCAUGUGUCCUUGUUGAAGGACACUUCCCAUCUGAACCACCGCAGUCAGGCGAUCAGAGACAGAUUACAUGACAGAAGAACGCCCCUCUCUGGGUGCAGUGAUGCCAACAGUGGAUCAGGGGAGAGCUCAGGAUUGUCAACAGACACAGAGACCAAGCAAGGACAUUCACAUCUUGCAUCAGUUUGGGCCCACAUCAGCAAGGGCUUACCACCCGCCAUUCACCAGUUGUCUCCCAGAAGAUCCUCCCACCUCCCAGGAACCAGUGUCAGUCCCCAGAUCAAGAAUUUGGGACCUGAGUUCAUCCGUAUUCUGGGGGAGCCCCAGAUCACACUGGAGAUGCCUACUUCCAUUGUGAAAGGCAAGGCAUGUGCAACUCAGAGAGACCUGAGUGUCAUCAUGCCCAGCGGACUCUCCAUUUUAGUGAAGUGUGACAUCAAGUCAAGGGUGGGUGAUGUCUUUGACUUGGUGGUUGCCCACACCAGCCUGAUCGAGCAUUUCUACUUCGGCCUUGCUUUCAUGGAAAAUAAUGAGUUUUUCUUUCUGGAAAAUGAGGCAAAAAUCUCCAGAAUUCUCCCUGACUGUUGGAAGAAAGCAGCUUCAACCGGAUUCGUCCUUUAUCUCCGAAUAAAAUUUUUUGUGGAAGACAUCACAUUCAUUCUACACAAGCUCACCCAGCACCAGUACUACCUGCAGCUUCGCAAGGACCUUGUGGAGGACCGACUGUACUGCAAUGAGGAAACCGCCCUGCUACUUGCUGCUCUUGCCCUGCAGGCUGAAUUUGGUGACUAUGCAAAUGAGGUGUGUGAGAAAAACUACUACGAGCCAGAGCACUACAUCUCGAGGAGCCUGAUAGAGAAGAUGGCCCUUCUGUGUCUGAGGGGAGAACUGGCCAGGCUGCAUGCCAGCCAGAGCAAGCUACUCCCCGAGGAAGCAGAGAUGGAGUUCCUCAGGGUUGUACAGCAGCUCCCAGACUACGGAGUGCUGCUUCAUCAUGUGACCCAGGGGAAAAGGCCAGCCAGGGGCGAAGUGAUGCUUGGGAUAUGCUCCAAAGGAAUCAUCAUCUACGAAGUCAAAAACAGCAGCCCAACUGCGACACAUAGGUUCCUUUGGGAGGAAGCCAACAGCAUUACUUCAUCUCGGCGUAAAUUCAUCAUCAAGGCCAAUGAUGGAGGGAAAAGGCACACAUUUCUCACAGAAAGUACCAAAACCGCCAAGUACCUUCUUUUCCUCUGCUCUGUCCAGCACAAAUUCCACAAGGAAAUGAGUUCCCGUCAUCAGAGUCACAGUCUGAUCUUUGAGGAAAACAUUCUGCAGUUUGCAACCGAGUGCAGAGCUCGAUGCAGCCACCUCCAGCAGCUCUCGUGCUCCGAAACCGCGCUUAGUGGCACCCAGGCCAAGAUCUCCUCCGGUGACUGCACCACCAAAUCCUGUGAGGAGCUCUCUGCUCAGACAGAUCCCCUUCCCACAGACCAGAGUGACCAUCAUGAGCAGAAUGUCAAAGGGGACCAGUGUGAGACAAAGCAGCAGGAGCAGCUCCAGACCUGGAGUUCUUCAGACCUGAGUCCCAGGAGAACCUCCGCCGUCUCUUUGCAGAGCCACGACCCCGAGGUGUUAUCCUUAUCUUACACUUCAAGAGAUCUGCUCACCACCAUGGCUGAGAGAGAGGUUAUCUGUGUGUCCCUGAAGAAGGACCCCAAACUAGGCCUUGGCAUUGUGAUCAUUGGCGAGGACAACGUUGGCGAACUGGACCUGGGGAUUUUCAUUGCUUCUGUGGUGCCAGAUGGACCUGUCGAUAAGGACGGGCGCAUCCGACCAGGCGGACGCUUGAUAUCCUUGAACAAAACAAGCUUGGAGGGGGUUCCAUUCAGGGUGGUGGCAGACAUCAUGCAGAGCAGCCCCGAGGAGGUGGAGCUCAUUGUGUCCCAAGCCAGGCAAGGUCCCUGGCCACAAAGCAUUAUGGGGUCAUUGCUGGAGAGGAACUUUGAUUCUCAAGCUGCAGUCAUGGGAAAGUACCAGACCAGUGUGGAGGAGCUAGACGAGAUCCUGUCCAUGAUGAUGACUCCAAAAGCCAGAAGCAGAUUGCAGGUGCCAAUGGUGCAAAUACUGGAUGCACAGGCACGUUGCUCCAGAUCAUCAUCUGUGGUCAGCUUUAGAUCAGAGGAGAUCCUAUUUGUCAAACUAAGAAAGACAAACGGCAGUCUGGGAAUUAGUAUUGCAGCAGGACAGCGUGAUGGCAUUUUCAUCAGCAGCAUAAUUCCAGGAGGAGCAGCUGAUCAAGACGGCCACCUUCAGAUUGGUGACAGGUUGGUGGAGGUGGAUUGUGUCAGGCUACAGGGCGUCACCUACCAACAGGCUGUGAAGACCUUGAUGUCAACGGGGGAGGUGGUGAACCUGGUCUUGGCCAGGGAGUCCCCAGCGUGGAGCCAGAUGUCCAGCCCAGAGGUACUGUUGCGGAAUAGAGGCUCCAGCUUGACCAAAGACUACAGCUUUGUGUCAGAUGACAACACUCUGGAGGUAACUCUCAGAAAGAACCACAGCGGCCUGGGUUUUAGCUUUCUGAUCUCGGAGCUGGACGCUACAGAAGGUGGUAGCACCGCCGUCCGGGUCAAAAGGCUCUUCCCAGGCCAGCCAGCAGAGCGGUGUCGGCUCAUCCGUGAGGGAGACAUCAUCCUAGCCAUCAACGGAGAACCACUUAAAGGACAGUCCUAUCAGAGGGUGCUUGACCUGAUUCGGAGCUCCCCGGCUAAAGUCAGGCUGUCCAUCUGCCGUCCAUCUCCAAGUGCAUCAAUGGGUAUAGCCGCUCUUGAGUCCUGCCCCAUUCCGCACUAGAGAAUCUCUCAAAAUGGACAUGAAGUCAAG